AUGCUCGCUAGUACUCUCCUCUCCCUCCUCCCCUUCCUCGCCAUGAGCUCUGCCACUCCUCAGAUCAUUCCUCGCUCCUCCUCCUACACCCUCCCCGUCCCCACCUCCCAAGGCAACGUCACCUACUCCUCCGCCCAGUCCAUCUCGGGCACGUUCGACGGCGAACUCAAGACCUACGGCCGUGGCGUGAGCUGUACCGGCCAAGCCGAGGGCGGAAACUCUAAUGCCGUCUUCUUGUUGGAAGACGGGGCUACGUUGAAGAAUGUCAUCAUUGGGGAGGAUCAGAUUGAGGGUGUUCAUUGUUUGGGGAGCUGUACCAUCGAGAAUGUCUGGUGGGUUGCUGUUUGCGAAGACGCACUCACUUUCAAGGGUGAUGGCGACGGCUCUGUCAUCGGCGGUGGAGCCACCGGAGCUGAAGACAAGGUCAUCCAGCACAACGGUAUUGGAGACGUCACCAUCGACGGCUUUACUGUAGUCGACUUUUUUGGCGAGCUCUACCGUUCUUGCGGCAACUGCAAGAACAAUGGCGAUACUCGCAACGUCAACAUCUCCAACGUCAAGGCCUACAAUGGCAAGGUCAUCGCUGGCAUCAACUCCAACUAUGGCGAUGUCGCUACCAUCACCGAUACCUGUGCGACGUCGGUCAAGCAGAUAUGUACAGAGUAUGAGGGGACGAGCGAUAAUGAUGAGGAGCCUACCAAGCUGCAGUCGGGCGUUUCAGACAACUGUGUUUAUACCGAGUCGGAGAUUACCACUUGUUAG